AUGUCGGACGCUGUCGACCUGGAUGGCUUCACCUUCGCCGGCCAGCCUGGCUCUGAGGAGCAGGCUGACAUGGCGAAUCGAGACAGGGCUGACACUGUGGUCAGCGGCACAGCGAACGUGUACCCCUCGCAAUAUACCAACAGCCACAUCGAUGUCCAACAGCCAAUCAACCAUGAGCCACCUCCUUUCUACGGACAAGACAUCCCACAGCAUCAGCAGCAAAGCUUCUCAUACGAUGCAGGCUUCGCUCAGCAACAGCUCAUGCCACAUCCUUCUCUGUUCAGGGACUUCCAAAAUCCCGAGGCCCUGUACCAGCAGCAGCAGCUCGCCGGCUUCAACAAUUCGUUCGACUAUGCUCAGAUACCGCAGUCGCAGUUUGGCUACAAUCCUAUGAACGGUCAGCACCCGAUCAGCCCAUUCGACCAGACCGCGCCCGACGGCAACCACUUCGCUCAGCAGCAGCAACAGCAGCAACAGCAGCAACAGCAGCAACAGCCGCCGCCGCAGUUCACGCCGCAUUCCGCCAGCCAGGUGCACAGUCCCGGUAGUGAUGGGUCGGUAUCGCCACGCGGAAGCCGGGUCCCACUCCAGCGGUAUAACAGCGUGGCCAGUGCGACCGGCGACCAGCCCACCAUGGUCCAGGCGACGGGCCCCAUGACCAAGAGUGUUUCCAUCCCGCAACGUCCCAAGCCAGGCCGAAAGCCGAUAGCAGCAGAGGACGCGGCCGAUAGACGCCGCAUGCAGAACAGGAUGGCCCAGCGGAGCUUCCGCGACAAGAGACAGCAGAAGCUGCAAGAUGCUCUCGAGGAGCUCGGAAACAAGAAGCUGCAGUACGAGGCGGAAGUCAACAAUUUCAGACGUGAUGUCCAGAAGCUGAGGGACGACCAUGCCCGCGAGACCCAUAUCUUCCAGCAAGAGACGAAGGCCCUUCUACAGCGCGCUGAGAGUGCCGAGCAGAGAGCCGCGGCCGAGAAACAGCGCGCCGACGCCCUGGAGAAGCAGCUACAAAGCGCCAAGCUUGCCAGCGAGCGCAACGUCUCCUUCAGACCAUCGGUGCCUAUGCCAACGCAGUCCUUCGCAUCUUACGCACAGAGAGAUGUCCCAACGCCGCCCGAGGAAAGCAGCAACGAGAUCGACUUCACCACUUACGGCCGUUCCAACAACUAUCUCCGCAACACCGUCAGCAACGAUAGCAACCAGAUGGACUUCACCAUGACCGAGCGCAACGACGAUGACAAUUGCGGCUUCUGCACCGACGACCAGAACUGCGCUUGCAAGCAGGCUGCCACCAAGGCCGUCGACCCAGUCGUUGCACCUGCGGGGCCAAAGUCUCUUCCUGGUAGCUGCGACAUGUGUCAAGCCGAUCCUGAACGUGCCCAAGCUUGCCGCGAUAUGGCAAGCCGUGCCACUAUGGCUCCCAAGCCCAAGGUCACCAUGGGUCCACCAAAGUACUCCUGCUCCCAGAUGAUCGAGGAGUUCAACAAGUUCGGCCAGCGCACCGCCACCAUCUCCUCCCUCUUCGGUGGUGCUCUCCACACUUACCCCAACUCCAGCGGCCCAGGCUACACUCUCGACGACAAGGAAGCCAGCGAGGUCCUUGUCAACCUCUCUCGCCGUAGCACCGAGGUGGAGAGACGUGCUUCCAACGCUUCUCAGGCGAGCUCACGCCAGUAG